AUGUCCCCCUCCGACAUUGCAAUCGCCUCACUUGUCGUGUUUUCUGCCACCUUUACGAUCCUCUAUUAUCGCAUCCUCAUAAUCAAGGAAGAACACAUCAAGGGGCUUGUCAAUUUCGUGACUCGGCUUCUUGGUCGCUUCUGGAACUUGAUACUGCAGGGUAUCCGAUUGCUGGGCCCGUCACAUCGCGACAUUUCUACGCGCGAAUCUGAAAUCGACUUGUCCAGGGAACCUCUGAUAUCUGACAAUAUGGAGGGUGCGGCUGAAAACCAAUCGACUCCAGAACAUGACCAAGGUAUCGACGUCACGCAAGAGCUCGACGAUUCAUCCUCACAGUAUGACGCUUCAUCCUCAAACUCGGACGCUGCAACGCUCACCACCGUCGAUUCCUCCAACGGUACUCAACACAUCACUUACACCUUAAUAAACUGGCCCUCUGACGAAGCCACUAUUGAUACCCUCAUCGCGUACUUCGAGGAUUACACUGCAGCUCACGAGAACCUCGUUAUUGAGCUUGAUACGCACCUCGGCAGAGAGAUUUCAGGUGGAGGGAACAUCAACCGACUCAGAUAUUCUGUGGCCAGGCAGAGGGGCUCUGCAAUUUGA